UGCAUAGAAAUGGUUUAAACCCCCUGGCUUUAACACGUGCGCUCAAUCAAUCAUCGGUGUCUGUGAGAACUCUUCGCUAUGACUUGUGGGAAAUGAAGUCUUCCAGCUGUCCACAGAACGAAAAUAAACAGAAGUGAAACUACAAUCCCCACAAUUCCCUGAUACACAGCUGAGUGCAGCAGCAUGAAUAGCCUUUAACCGGCCGGUGUGGUGCUGACUGAGUGUGAUACAGAGUUACAUGGCUGAAAUUUAGUAAUUUUUUGUUUGUUUGUUUAUUUUACUUCAGCGUUUUUAAAGAGGUUUGGUGUUAAAGAUGAUGCGAAGAUCAAGAAUCAGCGUUAAACCUAACUUCAGGCCUGGAAAUCGGACUGGUACAGAAGGUGAGCAGGCCUCCCAGAGGGCGAGCGUAGCAGGUGACACCUUGCUAACAGUUGAUGCUGAAGAACUGGCAAAGCCAGCACCAUCUCAGCAGCAAAACGUAACACUUAAAGAGCCUCCUGAUGAUGUGGGUUUAAAAGAGACACCUGAAAUGCCUUCAAAAUCGAACCAACACGAUGGUGCACCCUCUAGUGGAGCUGCCACUUCAACUCCAGCUCCACAUAGAAGAAUGAGGAUCUCAGCUACUCCAAAACUUCUUGGGCCCAAAUUCAGUUCCACACCUCGAUCUCGACCGUCUGCCAGGAUGCCUAGCUCUGUCCAAUCACCUCUGCCCAAUAAAGAGCAUGUCCAGAUUUAUGAUUCAGUUCCUGAAGCUCAGGAUUCAGUUUCACUAAUCUCUAGUGAGCUGUCUGAAUCAGGGACACCUGGUAAUUCCAAAUCUGCUUCAGAAUUGCCUACACAGUCUUGUACAAUGACACAGUUGUCAUCUCUGUGCAUUCCUUCCACUUCUGGUCUUCAAAAGGCUCCAUUCCAUGGGAAAAAAUCAGUUGAGGAUUCUCCACCAUCUCCACAGCCUGGUCAAGUUCCACAUCAACCACCACAAGAACCAGAAUCCCCUGAAUGUCCAUCUACAUCAGAUUUGUUUUCAGCUUCGACCAAGCUUUCCUGUUCAAAUAAGGCAGGUUCUUCUGAGCUGACUGAAAAAUCCUCAGACAAAGACCAAAUAUUAAGGGCUCUUAAAUUGAAGGAACUGAUGAAGAUUGAACGGAGAAAAGAUAUUAUGAAGGAGAAGAGAAAAGUCGGUUACAAGACGUACACAGUUUUGGAUCGCAGUAAGAUGACCAUGAGGGACCUUAUUUAUUACUUACCCAAUACCAGUCCUAUGAGGUCUUCAGUAGUUCAUGAGGAGAACCCAGCAGAGAGCAAUAUUCCACCUUCACCCAAGGAACAAAUAAAAACAGCAGAUGAAGAAGAAGAAGAAGAAGACGACGAGUUCGAAAAUGAAGAUAUGCUAGUGCCAAAGGUCAGAGUGGCAGAGGACGGCUCAAUCAUACUGGAUGAAGAAAGUUUGACAGUACGAAUACAAAGGACCUCAGACACAAAAGUGGUGGAGAAUUCUGCUGCACUGUUUGAGCGUGGCUCGACUACAACUUACGCCAGCUUCAGAGCAGUAAACCAUGUAAAGAGCUGGUCAGUCAGAGAGACAGACUUGUUCUUCUUGGCCGUUAGCAUGGUGGGGACAGAUUUCUCUCUGAUUGGCCAGCUGUUAACCAACCGUAGCCGUGCAGCAAUUAAGAGUAAAUUUAAGAAGGAGGAGAGAGUCAACUCAUGGAGAGUAGACAAAGCUUUGAGAAACAAGCGACCCUUUGACAAAGAGUUCUUCAGCUAUUUGCUGGAGAAGGUUUUGGCAAAAGAUAAAGACAAAAGAAAAACUAUCAAACUCGUACUGCCAAAAAGCAAGAAACCAAGAAGAUCCAAAGGAAAAACAUCAAAAGAAAUUUGUGUUGAUGAUGAUGAUCUUGAAGACUUGGAGGACGAUGGGGCUGUCACUGUAGAAAAAGAAAGUCAAAAGGUGUCUAAUGUAAAAGAAGCAGAUGUGACUGUCCUUUCUAAAAAGAGGUGCAAACGCAGGAGAGACAAAGACAACUCCACCGAGGAAGAAGUCAAAAGAAAAAGGCAAAGAAAAUGUAGCAAGAAAACAAGAGAGGAUGAUACUGAAGGUGAACAGAACCUCAAUGUCGAGGGUGACGUUAUAAAUGUAAAUGAGGUUGAUGAACUUGAAAGCAGUACCUCAGCUUCAAAACGAAGGCGCAAACGCUCGAAGGGCAAUGAAAACGAAAAGCCAGUUAAAGAGAUAAAGCACAAAAGAAACAAAAAAUCACUCAAAGAGUCUUUAAGUCAACAUGAAGAAAGCAGCGUUGACAAUGAGGAGGAUUCUGCUAUUCCGCAGAAAAAAAAGCGAGUCAAAAAUAGUGAUUUGGAUGGGAAUGAGCCAGUCAAGGGGAAAAAGACCACAAAAAGAAAAAAGGCACCGAAAAUGUUUUCUUUUGGUACAGUAGAAGAGGAAGGAACUGCAGAAGGAGGAGAUGCUUCAGCAGGUUUACAGGAGGCUGAACAGUUAAAUGCUACAGUUACAGCUGAAGUAGCAGAUAAUGCUUCACUCAAAGGUACCAGGCGAAGUAAGAAGCCUUUGCCUAAACUGGCUAGAGCACGAAGCAAGAAAACGAAUGAACCACAAGCUUCUGCUGAAGUUCAAAAUGAGAAUCCAAAUGAGAAGAUCCAUGAAUCCAUUCUGACGGCAGCAAGCAGUCCUUUGCAGGAUGAGAGGCUCCAGAUGGAAGCAGUGGUGGUGCUGGAAAAGACUCCUCCAAGGCAUCAAUAUUUGCUCAGCCCUUCAAAAGACAAUGGCACAAAUAAUGAACUGGAGCCUUCAAUGAGAUCUCCAUCUAGCAGUGAGAGCUCUUCUACUACGCAGACAAGAAUGGGAAGAGCACGAAAAGUAAAGCGUGAUCUGUCUACUAUUCGGAAGGCGGGUAAAAGAAAAGAAACAAUGGCUCGGGAUGAGCCUGAGCCAGAGAACCCAAUGGUUCUGUUAGAGGCUAUCACUCGGGAAUCAGAAGAUGAAGAGGAUGACUACACCUUGAAUGAGAACCUGAUGGACAUGUCAUGCCUACGUGAUCUAGAUAGUCAGACGUUUCAAAGAAAGCCAAUGGUUGUGUUAUCCCGUGAAGAGGUGGAUAAGAUCCUUCAUGCUUCAGAACAAAGUGAUGAGGAGGAUCCAUCUGUGAGUCCUCUGGAUUUAUCAUUGAACACAGAGCUCUCUUUUCCACUUCAAUGCAGCAAGAUUUUGGAAGAUAAUGAAGAAGCUGUGGUGGAUUGCAUGUUUGAGGAACAUGAGGAAAGAACAAAUGAGAGCAUUUCCAGUGAGGCAGAAAACUGUAAAGAAUUGGAGCCUGCAUUGGUGCAGCCUGAUAUCUCAAACCUCAGGGACAUUUCUACCUCCAUAAAACCAGAGGUGUGCAGUCAACCAGAAGUAGGCCUAAGCAACAUAACAAUCUCAUGCCCAGUAGAGCAGGCUGAACCUCAGGUCCACCCAAUGGCUCACAAAGAUGUGACCACCGCAGCUGCAGUGCUUGACCUUCCUCCACCUCUGGUUGUUCUGGAUAAUGUAGAUCCUCUCUGCAUGAAAACAGAUGAAGCUGUAGCUACUACAGUUGACACUUCAGUGGUGGUUUUAGAUGUCAAAGAGAAAUCUGAGAAAGCUAUGCUGCCAUCCUUACUCAAAGAGCCUAGACUAGCUUCCUCUAAAAUCACUGCACAAUCAAAGCUGACCUCAUUAGGGAGAGGGUCGGGAUCUCCACGGCCUUUGCAGGCAGAUACAGAAGUGAAAGGGGAAUUUCAGAUGUCUCUGAAGGGGCCUUCUCAAACUUUAGAGACAUUAAAGGACUCCUCAGCAAGUAAAGAGGAUACACAGGAACCUGCCAUGGCAAGACCAAAAAUAAAAGCAGGAACACAGAGUGGUGCGGUUGCACUAGAGGUCAAGGAGGACUCCCAGAAAGAGGUGUCUGUUCAAUCCAGUGCAUCCAUUUCUUCUGAACAUGGCAUCAAACCAACAAGGAGGAGCAAAUUUCUGAAGCCUAAGCCUAACCUGAGUCAGAAAUCAAGAGCCACAGUUCUCCAAAACCAGAGACAACACCACAAAUCACCUAGUACUCUAAAUUCCGAGAGCAGUGAGCCUAACUUCACUGAGAAGGUACUUUAUAGCCCUGCUAAUGACCAGCAUCAUUCAUUAGAAAACUUCAGUAAGCAGAACCUCUUCAAAGAAAAGGAAACAUCUUGGUCUAAUGCAACGGAUCGAAUGGAGUCUGAUUCAGCAGAGGAUCUCAGUGCUACAGUACCAGAUCAGGAGAACAACACUACAGUAAAUCUGAGUCUGACCAGCGCUGAUGAGCCUCAAGUGGCUUCAGAAUGUAGUAAAAGUGAUGCUGACAUGAUACCACCUUCUACUUCACCUCCGCCUUCACAGACCAGAGAACAUACCAGCGUGGGGCAGAUGAUUGUUCCUUCUGAGAAUAUAUGCGUCCCAGCAGAAAUUGUCCAUUUAAGUGAAGAGAGUCACAAUGAUGAGGAGCCCACUUUUAUCUUGACCCUGUACGAGAUUCCUGUCACCGAGACCUACCUGCCUUCAGCCAUUAAUGACUCUGAGAUGAACUCUGACCUUCCCACAGCUAAAACCCAAUCAUUUUUGGGGUUUUCUGACCAGGCACAAAGUUUACCAUCUACAUCGGAAUCGUCCAGAAUAGAUCCUCUGCAGGCACAAAAUAAUUUAGACGUCCUCACUAAGGGUUUGACAGACAAUGGCAAGGAGCAAAUCUCAGCUGAUGCAUCUCAUAUCAUUUCACAACACAUGAAGGAAGAAGACAGUGUUGUUUCUGCAAAUCAGGAAAUUUAUACUCCAAAAAUUCACCCCCAUUCAGAGUGCAAAAUGAGUUCCGAAUUUGCUCUGCUUGAUUUGGCACCCAGCAAUCGCUCUUCAGGGUUCAGUGGUCUAAAAUGCAUCACAACAUUACCUCAAGACUCCACAGACACUGGAGCUCAUAUGCAGAUGGCUGAUGACUUUCUGCCUGUCUCAGAGGAUAAAAGAGACAAAGACAGGAUCGUUGCUGUAGAAAAGAGGCUUCAAAGCAAAGAAGCAACUUUAGCUAGUGUCACUGAACAUUUUGCGAAAACUACGAAAGAAGAAAUAUCUCCUUAUGAACCUAUAUUACUGGACACAAAGGAUGAGGAGGGUGAUGCUUGGGGAAAUCUGGAAACGGGUAUUCCAAUCAAAGAGUGCAAAAUAGGAUCAGAAUUUGCCCCACUUGAUUUGACAUCCAGGACUCAAAACACAUCCUCUGGAUUUAACAUCUCAACACGCAUUACAGCAUUACAAGACUCGGACGACAAUGAGCAGUGUGAGAGGGUUUCUUGUGUGAUGCUGGGUGAUGUCUUUGUGCCUGUCUCAGAGGAGACAGGAAACGAUACAAGCAAAGAUGGGGAAAUGGCUGGAGAAUGUAUGCCUGAGAGCUAUGAAGCCUCUACAGUUGGUGUCACCGAGUAUUUGGCACAAAAUGAUGAGGAGCAAAUCUCUAAACCCUUGACAUCUCAUGAACCCAUAUUCAUGGAAACAAAGAACGAGGACAGUGAUGCUGGUGUAGAUGUGGAAACUGGUAAUCCACAUCUCGACACCCAUACAGAGAGCAAACAUGGUUCGGAAAUUGCCCCCAUUGAUGUUUUGGCAUCCAGUACUAAUAGCAUACCUUCCGGAUUGAACAUCUUAACAGGCAUUACAUCACAUCAAGACUUUGAAGACAGUGAGCGAGUUCCACAUGUUUUGCUGGCCGAUGUAUUUGUCCCUGCUUCAGAGAAGACUGGAGACGAUUCAAGCAAGGACUGGACAAUGGCUGUAGAAUGCAAGGAAGACUCUCGACAAGACCUUCCUUAUGAAGAGCUAACUAAGGUAGGAAAUUCACCAGGAGGGUCCGACCCACUGUUAUGUUUUGACUCCACAGAAGAGGCAAAGGACACGCCUCCUUUGUCAGAGAAGUCAACAACACCUGCUAGAAGGAGAAAAGUUAAGCCACAACCCAAACUGGUGAAAAGGGCAUGUUCUAAAUCUGCCUUCUCAAAAACUGAUGAGGUUGCAAAGGAGCUGAGGCAGCCAAACUCUACUACACAUGCCGUCUUGCCAGCCUCUCAUGAAGAAAACCUUCCAGGUAAUUCAAAUACUUCUACCGAGGAGUCAGGAAAGAAAAUUUCCUCUAUCCGAAGAAACAAAACCUCUGCUAGUAGAGUUAAGGGGGUAAAGCACAAAUCCAUUGCAGACGAAUCUCCAAAAAUUUCUAAGGAUAACUUGGUACCUACAGAGAAAAAUCCCAGUGCUCUUCACCUAUCCAAAGAACAGGAAAGAGAACAGUCAUCCAGUGAAGGAGCAAAAGUACAGCCAUGCUGCGAGGACGUGCAUUUUAAUCUGAUGAAGAGUUCAGGUUCUGCCUCUUCGACUGUGGACUCUAAGGAAACUGAGGCAGAAUCUCAAGGUGUUUCUCACAUGGUGUUGGAUGAUGUCUUUGUUCUUGUCUCAGACGAGACGGACGCUAACUUAAGCAAUGACUGGAGAGUACCUAUAGAAAGCACACAGGAAGCUGGCACUCACUUUCAAAAGGAGUUAAAAACUAAAAAUGAGUCCCAAACAUCGAUCGAAGAGACGACACAGAGUCUGUCAAAGUUAGAGGAAAAUAAAACACCUGUCAGAAAGAGAGCGGACAAGCAGGAGGUGACGAGAAAGUGCACUGAAAAUGACUCAACAAAAACAAGCCUGAGUCAGCCAACAUCUUCACAAGCCAGAACACCAUCAGCACAGGUACCUAGUGUACCUCAGAAAGACAACAUGCUCCUUCUAGAAGAAAAGUUACAGAGAAAGCAUAAUAUCAUGCCAUGCACCAUUAAACUGUCAAGUCUUGACACUGUAGCCCAAAGUCUCAAUGCUCCCCAGCUUGGAGAUAUGACGAGAAGUGAUAAGUCAAUAGGGAUAAGUUCACCAACAUGCCAUGCAAGUGGAACGACUGUAUCAGAGGAGUCAAGCACACCAGAAUUGGAUAAGAAAUCCCCUUCAAGUAGGAAAGGCAAAAAAAAGGAAUCCUCAACAGAUACAAAACACUGUCAUUUAAAACCAGUUCAGCCCGUUUCACAAACUCAGCAGCUAACCAUAACUGAUUGGGUGAAGAAAAAGUCUACAAAAAUAAAUCAGACUGCAAAACAACAGGAAGAAAAACAACCCAUGGAGUCUUCCCACAUGCAGUCAGGCCUAAAAGCCAAUGAGGAACAACAAUUCUUGGUUGAAAAGACAUGUUCAAAAUCACAACAUAAAGAUUUGGAGAAACCUGAGGGUUCUGACUUGGUGCCUACCUUGGAAGACACUGAAGACGUGAACAGAGUCUCUACAGAGAUCCAAGAUGUGAAAAGGUUAUCAGAAAUGGUCAAGGAUUUAACCAAAGACCCAACUGUGUCACAGAUGAAGAACUCGCCUGUUAGACGGAGAGCCAAACUACAGGUGAAACCUAUACUUUCAAAAAAAUCAUGUAUCAAAAAUGAAGGUAAUACUUCAACGUCUGAUCAGCCACAACCAACACGCUUCACCUCACCGACUAGGCAGCAUGCACGAGCAGCCAGAAAGAAGGAGGAGUACGACGACAAAAAAAAGCAAUCUGUAGAAGAGCUUACCAAUACAUCCAGCAUGGAAACAAACUCAAUGGUCAAAGAAAGCUUUUUGAUAACAAGUGGUCCGGAUUCUCCAAACUCAAAUGACAUUUGGCCGAGGGUGGUUCUGCCACGCGUAAAAUUACGGACCACAGAAGAAGGCACUUACUCAACCUCAUCCACAUGUACAUCCUCUCUAGCCAGGCUUUCACAAUGUGCAUCUCCACCAGUGACUCCUCCACAGCUAAAGAAAUCACCUACACAAAGCAGCUCUCCCACAGCCAGUGAGAAUCUCGAUGACGACCCAUCCAGAGUUUCCCAGUUCUUCCUUUGUGAUAUUUUCACUGAAGUAGAGGAGUCCGAAUGAGCGAUAUAUACAACUAUAACAACAAACAAACCAGAGAUUCUUGUGGAUCUUGCCCUUGCUACUUCCAAUCAAGGAGAAUAACCAAAGCAUACUUUUAAAAUUAGGCUUGUUUAUCUUAAUACUCAUGUGCUAUGCUCCCAUUAAGCUCUAGAAGUGCUGCAAUACACUGUUUUGAGAUGUUCUACUGACUGUAUAUUAUGUUCUGUUGUAUUUAAGCGAUUGUAGCCAAUUUUUACUUCAGGGCAAUUUGCCAAAUGGUAAAAAUAUGAGAUAUUUUUAGUACCUCACAGUGCGAGUGCUUAGUAACAAAUUAUAACCUACCGACUCAGCACAAUGCACUAGGCAGUAUAAUUUAUGAUAAAUACAUACAUAUCUUUUCUUGAAGUUCUUGAUAUUUAUUGCCAUAUUUAUUAUUUAUGAUUAAGCAUGUGGAUAUCUGGGGAUGAUUUUUUGUUUGUUUGUUUUUUAGAACACAAAUAAAAAAAAAUAUUAACAUG